GGCGCAGUGCCGCCCCGGACACGGUGGACAGCCAGAUCAAGUCGCAGCGGAUUCCGACCAACAAAAACAUGGUCCCGUGCCGGGUGAUCUUGCUGGACAAUACGGACCUGUCGGUGGACCUUACGAAAAAAGCGAUGGCCAGCGACCUGUACGAGCAGGUUUUCUACUCCCUCGAUCUGAUCGAGAAGGACUACUUCGGGCUACAGUUCACCGACGCGAACAACGUGAAACACUGGCUGGACCCGACGAAGGCAAUUAAGAAACAGGUCAAAAUCGGUCCACCGUACACGCUGCGGUUGAAGGUGAAGUUCUACUCGUCGGAACCGAACACGCUGCGGGAGGAACUGACGCGCUACCAGUUUUUCCUGCAACUCAAGCAGGAUCUGCUCGACGGACGGCUCGAAUGUCCGGAUCCGCAGGCGGCCGAGCUGGCCGCCCUGGCGUUGCAAUCCGAACUGGGAGACUACGAUGAGACGGUCCAUUCGGCGGCCACCGUGUCGGAGUUCCGCUUUGUGCCGAACCAGACCGAGGAACUAGAGUUUACGAUACUGGAGGAGUACAAGAAGUGUCACGGGUUGACGCCGGCCCAGGCGGAAACGAGUUUCCUCAACAAGGUUAAGUGGCUGGACAUGUACGGUGUCGAUAUGCACACCGUUUUGGGAAAGGACGGUUGCGAAUAUCACCUGGGGCUCACGCCGACCGGAAUCCUCGUGUUCGAGGGCAUCCAGAAGAUUGGGCUGUUUUUUUGGCCCAAGAUUGGGAAGCUGGAUUUUAAGAAGAAGAAACUGACGCUGGUCGUCGUCGAGGACGAUGAUCAUGGACGUGAACAGGAGCACACGUUCGUGUUUCGGCUACACAACGAGAAGGCCUGCAAGCACCUGUGGAAGUGUGCGGUCGAGCACCAUGCGUUCUUCCGGUUGCGAGCCCCCGUCAAGGGUCCGUCGGCGCGGCAGAACUUUUUUCGCAUGGGUUCCCGCUUUCGGUACUCCGGCAAGACGGAGUUUCAAACGACGCAACAAAACCGGGCCCGACGCACGGUCCAGUUCGAGCGGCGACCCUCGCAGCGUUUCGCCCGCCGUCAGUCACACGUUCUCCGUGAGCGCCAAAAACAGCUUCCGGUGGGUCUCGGAACGGAUCAGCAACAGCAGCAGCCACAGCAGCAACUGCAGCCGCAACAGCAACCAUUCAGCAGCGCGGCCACUGCCAGCUGCUCCUCGGAUGAGGCACAGCACUCUACCUCCGGUACCUCGACUCCAUCAGCGAACACGGUGAUCCACAAUCAGCGGCCGGGCUCAGGAAGUAGCACCUCCGACAUCGCUCUCGGAGGGCUGAUGGGUGUUAGUGGCGCUGGAUCAGGAAUGGUGGGCACCCUGGUCAACGGAAACAUGCACUCGCUCAGCUCGAACAAGUCCAUCUCCUCCAACGAAGACGUUGCGUCUUCCUACGCCGCCAGCAGGUUAGGUGGUUCCUUCGGAAAGGCCGGUUUUUCGCACGCUGCCAGAUUCGACGAAUUUUCCGUAACGUCCGCUGCGGUCGCGGCGGGCAAGGGUUUGCCGGUCGUGGAACACGAGAUGAGUACGUUCGGUGGUGGACGAUUUGGUAGCAACAGUGCCACACACCACGCGGGCGGUUCGUUCGGAAAGGCUUCGAUCAGCUCCGGGUUCAGCAUCCACACGACAGCGUCCUCCUCCGAUCGCGACAGUCAGAUCGACACGCUACUCAAGUCGAUCGCCAAGGAUCCGUCUCCCUCGCUGCACGGCGUAGAACUGAACGAUGCUAGUAGCUUUAAGAUCACGAUCAACAAGACGUCUGAACUAGAGACGAACAAUGAUACGCUGAAGAAGCUGGCCUCGGGCCACGGUCCACCGGAGAAGCCCAACAAUCAGCUGAAACUAUCGAACAGUGCGGCGGCAGCGGCCGGGGGCGGUGUGCCGCUGCCUCCCGGUCAGAUGAAGUGCAAUAUUUUGAAAGCACGCGUUGAAGAGGAACUGAAUCCGAAGCUUACUAAUCACCAGCUGUACGUGCCGAGCCACGAUGGCGUCGGCGGCCCGGAGUCACUAAACGCGGCGACGUUCGUGUCGGUGGAACGCAUUAAGGAGAAUAUCAAACCAUCCGCGAUGGACAUAUCACCCUGGCUGGUAUCGUCCGAGGUGGUCACUGGUUCGAUGAAACCACCCAAGGAGGCAACGAUUAUCCGGAAAUCGGUCAUUACAACGCAAUUGUAACGAAUCGUGUCGAAACUAGUUAACAGGCGCUUCGUCGUUGAAGUCGUUGAGCUGCUGCAUUAGACUAAAAACGGGAAGACGGAACUCGAAACAGUUUGAAUCGAUACAAUUUAUUUGGUAGACAUAAAAUCGAUAGCAUGCAAUAUUCGUACUUAAAACCGUCCUUUGGUGGCUAAUUACGGCAGAGAAGUGCCAAACAGUAACCGAAUUGGGUAAUGAUAAAGCAGAAAACCUUCCAGCUGCAAGAGUUCAGCAUAUGUCUAUUCUACUUUAGUGCACUGGCAAUGUUUUGGACUUGUUUUUGAUGUGUUCCAAAUUUGCGGUGCUCUCCAGCUAUAUUAUGUCGUUCACUUUAGUUUAAAGCCAAUAGUUUGUGCACCGUGUUUGGAAAUGUGAAGGCAACGAAAAAUAAACAGUGUAUUAUUAGUUGUGAUCUCAGUGCACAUUCCGAUGUGGUCCGAUGUCGGUCGAAUGUUUGCUUCCACCGUCCCACCGGGACACGUAUCAUUCCAUGCUCGCCACAACACCUAGAUACUGAAGGAUUAUGAUUUAAAACAACGAAUUUUAACACAUAGACUAAACACAGCAUUUUGACGGCGAGUUGAGCGAUAAUCUUGCAUUCCUCACCUACUGUAAAACAUCGAAUAAUCGUGAAUUCAUAUUUUAUGUUAACACUUCCCCGUAUCAUUGUUGCCCUCGGCCGCUUCAUUCAGAGUCUUGCAUUUUGUGUGCCGCGCUUAGGGGGUGUCGGAACUGUGUUAGGUCAUCGUUGGUGGAGAAACUGCAUUUGCAAACGCCUGGGUGCUGGAUCCGGUUUUCGAUAAAAUGGUUCGUAUGUUUACCAUUUUUACUGCCACGCGCCGAUUGCAGCGAAUAAUACGUUUGGAAGCAGAGCGUUAGGAGUUUAAACCAGAAGAGAGAGUUAGAAAAAUGAAUUAUGUUUAAAACCCAUACAUAGUAACAUGUGAGUGCCUGUGUGAACGAAAAAGACAACACGAGCUUCCGAAAGAAGCGUUUCGUGGAAAACAGAUUUUAAUGCCUGACCGGAAGGUGUUUGCUAGUAAGGAAUUUAUUCGAAU